AUGCAAUGUGCUAAACAUGAUAAAGCGUUAAUGAAAGAGCCGUUUGCAAAAGAAAACGAACUUGAACAACUUCAUAAACAGACUGCUGCCAAGAAACAUCUGUUAUCAAUCAGCCUUUUAACGAAAAUUUUCCCUAUCGAGGAACAGAUUGCCGAAGAGGAAGAUUUAACAGAAAAAGAUUCUUCCAAAGAGUACGAUAAUAGUACAAUGAAUGACUGGACAUUUUUAAUUGAUUCAUUUGAGACAGCAAAAAUAAAUCGGAUUCAUUUUUGUAUACGCUCCGGUUUGAUCAGUGAUUGGGAAAAAUAUGGUUUAAAGCAAACUUUAAGGAUCGGAUUACCACAGGUUUCGGCUGUUAUUGUACGUAGCAGUUCAUUUAAUACGCUAGUAAAUGCCACGCAUCUUGUCAAUUUGCUUUGUCGAGUAUCUCUCCGAGACUUGUUAUUGUGUGAAAAAUGGUCUGAUGAUCUCUUCGAUACGGAUAUGCUGAAAUUUAAUUUGACAGUGAUAUUUCUUUGCAUUCAGUUGGGAGUCGAUGAAUGCAAAAUUGAUGUGUCAAAUCCAUUUUUAAAUCUUAUAGCUGCCCGUACAAGAUUAUUAUCGCUACCAUUUCAUGAACAGAUGCAGCCUUCUGAACCAACAACGCGUCUUCUAUCUAGAAUUGAUGCUAUUGUUGCUAAAGUUGUGUGGACUGAAAGGGGGCACUUACAUUUGACUGAAGAUGAUUGGUGUAUGGUACAAGAUGAUCCAUUCGAAAUUUGCGAGUCAAGCGUUUUUCGUUCUGCAUUUGAUCUUCGUAAUUUAAUCACUCCUUUACCGCGCUCAAAAAAUUGGGUAAGGACGUCAUCGGGACGUUUUCAUCAUUCUCCUAGUUUCACCCGGCGAUUUUCUGCGAUGAUACCUGAUAGUAUUGGAUCAUUAUUUCAUUAA